AUGAAAGAAAUUGGCUCAUUGCCCCGCUCACCGACUUUAACUACCGCACCCAGCCCCGAUGUCACGGCCGAUAUGGAGCUUAUGGGCGCCACCAAUCGUGACAUGUUCUCUUGGCUGCUGUACAACUCUGAGAACAUGACUGCGUCCGCGGGUGCGGGCAGCCACUUGUCCGUCGACCACUCUAACGCAUUGACCACGUCGCUGGUGUUAGACGACCCGUUUCGUUUGCUUGGUUCAGGUGAUGACACCAGUCUUUCACUUGCUCUGCAACCAAGUUCGACCUCGACUCCGCUGCUUCAAUCAGAAGCAUUAACGCUGGCGUUGCCAGUCA